GUUUUGGAAAUCACAUGGUCCAGAAAGGAUCGGCAGAGUUGUGGCCACGUUACAAGGUCAGCAGAAGCUUCAAAGAUGAGGCUGACGGUGAUACCUGCGUUGUGUCUGUUCCUUCUUUUGGUUCAAAUUAAUUGUUCCCUGGCCAAGAAAGGUGGAGGGUUUGCGGGGAAAAUUAAACUCUUUAAGAAGACCCCCAAAGCAACUCCAAAACACAAUAACAACAACAACCCUCAGAGGCCAGGGAGCUACCCCAACCAAGGAGGAUACCCUCAGCAACCAGGCAGACCAGGGGGGUACCCAAGCCAAGGAGGAUACCCUCAGCAACCAGGCAGACCAGGGGGGUACCCAAGCCAAGGAGGAUACCCUCAGCAACCAGGCAGACCAGGGGGGUACCCGAAUCAAGGUGGAUAUCCAAACCAAGGAGGCUACCCCAACCAAGGAGGAUACCCUCAGCAACCAGGCAGACCAGGGGGGUACCCGAAUCAAGGUGGAUACCCUCAGCAACCAGACAGACCAGGGGGGUACCCGAAUCAAGGUGGAUACCCUCAGCAACCAGACAGACCAGGGGGGUACCCGAAUCAAGGUGGAUAUCCGAACCAAGGGGGCUACCCUAACCAAGGAGGAUACCCUCAGCAACCAGGCAGACCAGCGGGGUACCCAAGCCAAGGUGGAUACCCUAACCAAGGAGGAUACCCCCAGCAGCCUGGCUAUCCAGUUGGAAGUUACCCAGCACAGGGCUACCCGCACGGAGGAGGUCAUGGCGUUUAUGCAGGUUACCCUGGGGGAUACAUGAACUACAACCCGAACAACCGAAUCCCAAGUCCUCACUACGGUGGCAGUUUUGGAUAUGGGGGCCACGGUGCUGGGGGUGGCUCUCCCUUCGCACACUCAGUUCAGCAGAUGGGCAUGCAUCCCAGUCAUAAGUCUAGAGGAUUUGGGGGCCAUGCAGUGAUGGCAGCAGCUGGAGGUGCCAUGGCAGGGAUGGCCCUGGGUUAUGGGUUAGGAAGAUUCCCCCGACCUCACUUUCAGUUCCACAACCCUCAGGAGGAGUAUUACUACAACCACUACAUGUACAGGAAAUAUGGUACCAAGUCUACUGACACAAACGACUACAGCAGAGACUACAAGUACAGCAGACCCCCGGAAACGUACGAUAGCUACAUGGACUCCUGCAUGAAGAGAACAGACUUACUCCCUGCAGGGAAUCCAAAGACAAACAUCAAACCACCUGCUACGAGUACGGCAACGACAACCACCACAACUACUUCUGUUACUACAACUACUGCUGCUGCUGCUGCUGCUACAAAUGGCAGUAACACAACUCAGAGCAACAGCACUGCAGCAGCAAACUCCUCCACUUCUGCACCUUCAACUCCCCGUCCUCUACUUACAUCUGAGGCUACUCCUGCAGCUGCACAGGUUCUCAAAGAAAUGGCUACCAUUGACGAUGAUGAUGAUGAUGAUACAGUCAGCAUUGUUGAGAUUGGCUACCCGGCACUGAUCAAUCAGCUGAAGGUCAGGAGAUGUGUGGAGAUGUACAUGGUUUACUCUGACAAAUAUUUGGAGAAAAGGACUGAACCUGGCCCCACUGAUGGGGUGCAGGGGCUGGAGAGGGGCUGGUGUGGGCUUUUAGUUUGGGCCACCAGUACUUUACUCAUUCUGCUAAAUAGCAACAUGCUAAUGCUGCUGCACUAUCCCUCUCACAGGGAAAAGAUGAAGCUGACUUCGGUCUCUGUUUUCUGCCUGUCGCUUCUUUUGUUUUGUACCCAUUUCUCCCUGGCAAAGAGGGGAACAGGUGGUGGCUUUGGGAAAGGCUUUGGUUCCAGGAAGACCUGGUCCAACAAAGGCAACACCCAAAGUAAAUCCAACACAGGCCAGAGAAAUAACCAGGGUUCCAACUCUCAGGGUGGAUACCCUAAACAGCCAGGACAACCAAACCGUGGAGAUUACCCUCGUCAGCCUGGAGGAGGAUACCAUCAGUAUCCAGUACGGGGCUCACCAUAUGCGGGGGGUUACGGCGGUCCAGGCAGUUAUGGAGGUUAUCCAGGUGGAUAUAUUAACCACAACCCAAAUAACAGAAUCCUCAGCCCACGCUUUGGUGGCAGCUUGGGUUACUUGGGCAACGGGGCUAGGGGUGGCUCUCCAUUUUCCCAGUCAGUUCAGCAGAUGGGCAUGUAUCCCAAUGAUAGGUCCAGAGGGUUUGGGCGCACUGCGGUGAUGGCAGCAGCUGGAGGUGCAAUGGCAGGAAUGGCCCUGGGCUAUGGUUUAGGAAAAUUCCCCCGACCUCACUUCCACCUUCACAACCACCAGGAGGAGUAUUACUACAACCACUACAUGUACAGGAAAUGUGGGACAAGGUCUUCUCCUACUAAUGACUUUGCCAGAGAACAGAAGUACAGCCAACCCCCUGAAACGUAUGAUCGCUACAUGGACUCCUGCAUGAAGAAAACAGACCCACUCCCUGCAGAGAAUCCAAAGACAAACAACAAACCAGCCGCUACAACUUCAGACACUGGCAAUGUCAACAACGCAACAGAAACAAACACCACUGCAAUAGAAAACUCCUCAACCUUUGCACCUUCAUCUCAAAGCCUUAUAAAUCAGCCUGAAGCCAAUCCUGAAGAUGAUGAUGAAGGUGAUACAGUCAGCAUCAUGGAGAUCGGAUACCCAGCGCUGAUUGAGCAGAUAAAGGCCAGGAGAUGCUUGGAGCUGUACCUGGAUUACGCUAAUGAGUACUUCAUUAGACAGUCUGGGGGGGUGCAGGGACUAGAGAUGGGCUGGCGAGGGCUUUUAGCUGUGUUUACAAGUACUUUACUGAUGCUACAUAGUAGCAACAUGCUAAUGCUGCUGCACUGAGGCCUUCAUUAGCAGUGAAUGUGAUGAAGAAUCUGAUGAAAGAA